UAUGAAAUCUCAAACUUUUCUUUCCUUUGAUAAAUAUUAUGCCGGCUGCUAUCAUAGCUAACAUAAACCUAGCGUACUUCAACAGCGACUCACCAUAAAUGUUGCUGUCGCAAGUUAUUGUCUAGCAAAACUUGGAACUUUUAAUGACUUAUCAAAGAAUGUCUGCAGCGGAAAAUGAUUCUUUGACUUUCACAACCGCAAACGACUUAUUUUUCCAUUUCAAUGUCCUUGAAUUGUCUGUAUCCAAUCAAGAUCAUCAUAUGCAUUCGUCUCUGACCAUUAUCAAAGAAUUCUAACAAUGCAAUUUCGCUACUCUAUGGAAUUGGAGGAAGUGGACAAGUGUCCCACGCAAAUCAAAGAUGUCGUCCUUGAUACAUCUUUCCGGUCAAUUCUGCCGACAAAGGAAUUGGUAGCUUCUAAAGCUCAAUUAUUCGAUAAUUUAACCGUGUAUAUUUCUCCUCGUCUUUGUUGAUUUUUUUAUCUAUUCAGAUAGUAUAUCCAUCUCCAUUUCCUGAACUUUCACAACCAUCCUCGCCCAAUAUGGCAGCAAUUCCAACCGGACAAGCUCUGAGAGAUAUAUUCUCAUCCUUGAAGGAUUACUUCUUGCCCGAACCCGUUGAACCAGUCGAAGUUCCUGUUGCUCCUCGGAAUACUAGACCCCUCUCGGAGCCGGAAAUUUCCCAAUUACGACGUGAGCAAGCGAACGCUAUUGAUAAAUACUUUGAUGAGGAAUUAGACAAGAAAAAUUUUGACGAACUUAAUAACAAAAGCCGAAGUCUACAAUGGAUGCCGGACAUUGAGCCCGAAAGUCCUCUUUGGCAAAAAACCCGUGCAUACUAUGCUGAGCUUCUCAGGUCCCAGAAGAUAUCCGACGUUCUUGAUGAUCACUUUGAAGAGAUCCAAAAGAUUCUGAUCAACCCUCAGGCGUGGAGUAAUGAGGUUCAAGCUGUUAGAGAUCAACAAAGUAGAGAAUAUUAUGAAAACAUUGGUCCCAAUGGACGUUUCGAUGGACAACUCGAUAAUCUCGCCACAAAAAUGACAAUGGUUCACUUUGGUCUUCCUGUAGCUCCAAUGACAUUGAACAAUAUUAUGGUUCUCACUCCGGAGUGGAGAGAUUCCGAGGAUGAUGAAGAAGAUCCCGCUCCUUCUCCCCCUCGAACACAGAGAAUUGUUUAUUCCGAGAAGCCUCUGGAAUUCUUGGAUUCAUACUUCGAAAGAUCUUUUGGAUACCAAAUAAUCCGACGUUUGUUAUCUAAACUUUCUUUAUGAUACAUCUACUAACAUAAGUAGGUCCCCGAGUAACCAUGCGAGGUGGUGCUGCUUCUAUUGAAGAAUUAGAUUUUGCAGAUAGUAGUGAUUGCGAAUGGGGCUCAGUCGUUAAUAUGCGUGGCGGGGCUGGUACAGAAUCUGCACUGAAAGGGCUCUACCUUGAUCUAUUGGGCCCAGGUCCUGAACACCAAUCUCGCCGUACACAUCUGACUCCAGAAGAAUUCCUUGCUUCUGCGCAUGAGCUUCUAGAUUUCCCGGAUGAUGCGGACUUGUGCUUCAACCUUGAUAUUUACCGCCAGACAGAUCCACGUAAAAUAGACAUACCACUACAAAUUGCCAUUCCAAUAUACUCAAACGCAAACUUUUCAGAAAAGUGGCCAGUAAUUGAGAAAAUAAUUGGCAAAGUGGAUCACGAUCAACUCACUAUCAUAAUCGAAGCAGAGCGCUUUGUUGGUGAACAUACUCCUGAAUUCUAUGAGGAUUUAGGUCGUUUGGCCCGAGAGUUUCCUGAUGAGAGUAGGAAAGUAUCCAGGCAUAAAAUUUAUUCGUAUUUUGGACAGAGAGAAACCACCCCAACGUAUCUUGAUUUCAAAAAUAGCGUCACGAAACUUUUGAACAUAGAUCCGAGAUCCAAUUGGUCGUUCUUGGUUGAUGUUCAUCUUCAAGAUCGCAUACUACCACCAAUACACUUUACUAGAAUACAGUACAGAAACGAUUUCCUCGCUCUCAGGGAUGAGUACCUCCUUGGUGCAGCAAGUAACAACGCGAGACUCUUCGUUCGUCACGUUAGUGGAUAUGCGCCAGCACAACUAAAUGUCGUCGAGCCAGCUGCAGAUAACAUUCAGAUAGUUAGGCUGAUUAGUCAACAAAGCAGAACGGAAAGUUAUUGGAAAGUACCCUUGGACCUGUCGGAGAAGCCACACCCAUAUUGUAUCAAUCAUCUACAGCCUACGUUUGUUAGAGCUUUCACUGCCAUUUUCGGUAGAGAUCGUCCUAGCCGUAAUGUAAAUCUUUUUACUUCACAAAAUGGAAAGGACUUCCAACGUUACAUUGGUACUGGUGGUAUGGAAGUAACUUCCCAAACUUGGAACUGGCUUAAAGAGCGGAUUGAAGAACAAAAGAGGAAUCCACCAGCACCUGAUGCCAAUCCAUUAUCGUGCCAGCUCACUCUAACAGUUCCAAUUCUAGGUCACGGAGUAAGACCUGAGGAAGCACUAACCCUCCACCUCAUUGGUGAUGAUCAACAGGUCGAUAUGGUAUUUAAACGGUGGGAAUAUCAGAAGAUAUACCAUUACAUUCUGGAACGACUGAGAAAGGUUCACCGUCAUCGUCGAAAUUCUACCUUCCCAGACGGUAGCGCUGUUGCUAUGUGGUUUAGUGCCAUAGAACGUGAGGAGAACUACCCAUCCGUCAUAAUGCAAGUUCACAGCCAUGAUUCAGACGCAGAGAUACGUCGAAAACUGACUGAGGCUUUCACCGGUCGUGCUCAAACGUUCUCGAAUAUUUGGUUCCGUCCGGAGUAUCGAGUUUUCACCAUUCAGGACCAUAGAGAGCCUGCACGUAUUUGGCAAUGGAAUACAACUGAUGAACAACAUAAUACUUCGCUCGAGAACUUCAGAGAAAAUGUUAGACAAAUGUAUGAUGAUUGGGACCCUGUUCUUGACUCGAACUUUGUCUUGAUGGGGCCACAUCAGAACCAUGUGUUUGGCGUAGAUCGGAGAACCACAGAGAAUUAUUGGAGAAAGUAUAUCUUCGAUUGGUUCACUGAGACAGAUAUCUAUGUAGAGCGGAGAGGCACGAGGACUUUUAGUAAGUUCCCUUAGAUCAAGACUAUGUGAUCGACUAAUAGCUUUACAGUACAGCCUGAUACUAUCCCAUGGGGUUAUAGACACACUCGUCAAAUACCUCAUCCUGCUCCGGUGGACCUAAAUCCAGUGCCUGUAGCGCCUGUCGUCGAUACAUUUCAACAGCCUCGUAUUAACAAAACACGACUCAUUUUAGCCACCGCCGAAAAGACAGUAACUCCAAAAUGGGAGACUUGGAUGACAGAUCAACAUCGUAAAGAUGCAUUGCAACGUCGUUCUUACAUUCAAGAUCAAUCUGUCAUUGAACCUGGGUUUGAUCCUUCAGCACCUACCUACGGUCCUAGUAAAGAAUUGUCCCUGGGAGUUUCUAUACAAACUCCUUCAGUUUAUACGCAGCGUUUGACCCCUACUGAUAUCUUGCAACUGGCAGAGGAGAAUCAGAAACUAAGAAAUGGUCUGCUGGAACGAACCUACAACUGUUAUGUCUGCUCAGUGACCCUGGCUGGUUAUGAACAUGCUGAAAUACAAAGGCAUUAUGCACAGCAUCUAAUUCAGCUUCAGAAGGAAGGGCAAUGUCCCCUUUGUGAGCGCGAAUCUUGGUCUAUUAUGACCAUGGAGCAGAAGAAAGAGCAUCUGGAAACCCACCAAGUGGAGGCAGAUACCGCAAUGAUCCGCAAUUUUUGGAACAGCAUUGAAUGUCCCGUAUGCGAUGCCAAACUUAGUGGUUUUACAGCAGAACAAGUUCUUCGCCAUAUGGCGGAUCAUUUGCCAGGCAUUGUCGAAUUUUGUGACAAGUGUGGACUUCGUACCGCCAUCUGUAAUCACGCCGAACUAGUUCAUCACAGAUAUGUAUGCCUUGAUAAACCAGAUCGUGGACCACUCGACCUAGCUCCUUCAUUCUGCCGCGAUUGUGGUCAAAAUCGUACAGCUGAGGACGAGGCAGAACGCGGUUCCCAUGUCAUCAACUGUACCGCUAGGAAUCGACGAGUUCAAGAUGAAAAAUUCUGUACCAAAUGUGGCAUUGAUAAGAGUGCGUGGGGUCCAGAUCAAAUUAGGAACCAUGACGACCGUUGUACAUCUCCACAAGGUUUGCCGAAGGAGUAUUGCUUGAGAUGUGGCACAAGAUUGCUUGGUGCUAACGACGCACAAUUGGAUGACCACAGAGUGUACUGCGCCAUUAGAACGAAAGAGCCGGAGAAUUUAAAGCAUCGAAUUGAAGGUAUGACACUAUCAUUAACUUUUCCUCACUGCAAAUAUCUCUUCAAAAUCUUUCCUCCAUCGAUUUUUUUUCUCCGAAGGGUAUCAAGCUGAUACUCCUUCCUUUCUUCCAGAAGUUGAGAAUCUCGUAGAGCGUAUUUCAGUUCUUGAAGAGCUCGUAAAACGUAUCUGGAUUGCACGUCGUCCACUCACGGGUCGUUUGACCAUAACUGACUCACCAUACUCUAUCCAGAGCUUCAAGCCCGCACCACAACGCUCAAUCGCGUUGCGGCCAAAAAUGCAGCUACUCUCUCCUGGAUAACUAAGCGAGAAGGAGAGAUCGCCGAAAGCGAAAGAGCAUUAGCUGAGAGAGAGGCAUAUCUUCCACAAGGAGACAGACCAUUAAUUCCCUACACUGAAGAUAAAGGGAAUCUUGGGAGAUGCCCUUGGGGUGUCCAUGGGUGUAAUUUCUGCACCGCUGGUAAAAGCCGCGCAGAAAUUUUCCAACACAUGUCUUCCCACUUUGAUCCAAAACAAGCUCAUCCAUUCGCUUGUCCAUUCCCUGGUUGCGGGAAGGGAAUAGCCAUUCCCGGCUCAGAUUCCGGAACCAACAUUCUAAUCGAAGAUCAUUAUCGUCACCGCAGCUAUCAAGGCAUCGCAGACGUAAUCGGCGUGCCAAAGAUAUUUAAAGACGGAAGUACUAGAGAUGUCACUAAACUCAAAGCCUUGUUGGAGCAUUUCGAAAAAGCCAAUGCAAUGAAUGCCCAAACCCUCGAAAGAAAUCUCACCCCACUCCCCGAGCGGGGCGAAGCAGAUUUUAGGGCGCCAGUAGCUCCUGGUGGAGGAGCGGGGUCUCAACAAUUUGGUCCCAACGCCCCAAAAGCCGGCUACGCAUAUCAAGCAUCAUGGUCACCUUCUGAAGACGAAGGAAUACACCAUAGUAUCGAAAAUGAUGAACUUGAAUACCACCAAGACGACGAAGAUCUCUUUAGACUCGGUGAUUACGAACCCCCACCAGAAGACGAAUUCAUAAGAAAAACCCCCAGCAAACCUAAAACCCCUCGUCCACCACCCAUCCUCCCAGUCUCCCCCACGAAACGUAAAGCUUCCGCUGCUAUCCCAGAAGAAGAAUUAAGUCCACCCUCUACUCGAUCAAGUAAACGUAUACGCACGGCAAUUCAAAGCCCGAGUCCUGAAUCUGAGCCUGAAGAAGAGGAAGAAGCAGAAUCAGAAUCAAAAUCGGAGCCAGAACCAGAACCAGAGCCCGUGCUGAGAAAACCAAGUAGACGUAUCCCGAGAAAUAUCUCACAGUCUAACCCGGACUUUUUCAAGUUCGGAGAUGAAGACGAAGACGAAGAUGUGGGUGAGGAGUUGGAGUUGGAUGUGAUUCAGGAAGACUAUGAAUAGGAAACACAGGAGAUAAAUAGGACGUCUAAAGAUGAGGGGGUGGAAGGAUCUGCAGGGAGUAGGAGACAGGGACCAACUUCACAAGGCACAAGGACUAGAACGAGGUCGAGCGGAUAGAUGAAGGGUUAGUUUAGUUGAGAUGGUGGGGAGGAGGAAAUAAAAUAAAAUUGAAGUGUUCAUUGGUGGUUAU